UAUGGCACUAGGGAGGCUCGGUCUGGCCUAGAUUACUGUGAAGACAAUGCUAUAAGGAGACCAGCUACAGAGGUGACUGUCGAGGAGUAGACGUGUACAGGUGUAUAAUGGCUUUGGUCACCGUGCAGAGGUCCCCAAGUGUCAGCAGCUCCCCCCCUUCUUCGGAAUAUGGAAGCUCUGUUAUCUCAGCAGAAGAAGAGGAACAGAAGAAUAGGAGCUUAAGUGAAUACUACUUUGCUGUAAAAGGUUUUGGAGUUCUUCUUCCAAAAAAUGAAUGUCAACUUGGUCGAGGUCGGCGGACCAGCAGUGCUCCGCCUGACAUCCAGGGCCACCUGCAGGCUAUGCUGCACCUCUUGUGCCAAGGGGAUACCCUGCAUAUGGCGGUGCGGCUCGAAUCCCAGCAUAUUGGCCGCAUCCGCUACCUGGCAGUGGUGGGGCGGGUGGGCCGGCAGGACAAUGAGGAGGACUGUCUGCUGGGAGUGGACUUCACAGGAGAGAAGCCUUCCAUUGGAUUAGUUGUGCCAGUUCUUGCUGACACAGCAAUCAGUUUGGAUGGUGAUGGUGGCUUCAGUGUGCGCACUGGCGGGCGGAAACACAUCUUCAAGCCCAUCUCCGUCCAGGCUAUGUGGUCGGCCCUCCAAACGUUGCACAAGUCCAGUGCCCGUGCCCAAGAUGCCCACUACUUUUUGGGCGGCAUCAACCAUGACUGGGUGUGUUACUACGAGCGAGGUGUCACCUCAGACCAGUCCUGCAUCAAUGAGUGGAAUGUCAUGGACAGCCUCGAGUCCAAGAGACCGCCCUCACCAGAUUCUCUCACUGAUAAAGAGGAGACACAGCUCCUCAUACGCAGCAAACUCAAAGAGAUCAUGAUGAGCGUUGACAUUGAUGAAGUCACUUCCAAGUACAUCAGGCAACGCCUUGAAGAGGAUCUGGCCAUGGAUCUGUUCAAGUUCAAGUCCUACAUUGAUCAGGAGAUGCUGGUCAUUCUUGGCCAGAUGGAUGCUGCAACAGAAAUCUUCCCCCAUGUUUACCUUGGCUCAGAGUGGAAUGCCUCCAAUCUGGAUGAGCUGCAGUGUAAUGGGGUUGGCUACAUUCUCAAUGUUACAAAGGAGAUAGACAACUUCUACCCCGGAACAUUUGACUACCUCAACAUUCGGGUGUAUGACGAUGAGAAGACAGAACUCCUCAGGCACUGGGACAGAACUUUCAGAUACAUCACCCAAGUCCAGGAGAAGAAUUCAAAAGUGUUGGUACACUGUAAGAUGGGAAUAAGUCGUUCAGCAUCCGUUGUCAUUGCCUAUGCCAUGAAAGCCUUCAACAUGAGUCUUGAUGAAGCCCUAGCUUUGGUCAAGAAAAAGAGGAGCUGCAUCAAACCAAACCAAGCAUUCUGUAACCAACUCAAGACAUAUGAGGGAAUCCUUGAUGCAAGUCGACAGAGGCACAACAUUCUGUGGAGAAGCAAGUCUGAGACAAAUCUCAAGUCUGCAGCAGGUCAGGCUAACCGACACAACAAGAGUCAGCAGAAUACAAAGUCCAAUGAUGAUGUGGAUCAGAGCAAUAACACCAAGAAUUUACGCAAGAGCACCGAAGAAUUGUCCACAUAUGACACAUCAUUUGGUGGCUAUAAUGCCCUCAUUCCCACACCGACCAAUCUCCAGAAUGGUGAAGGAAACAAGAGGCCAAAGUCUUGGUCUCCGGAUGACCACACAGCAGCUCUCCUUUUUCCUCAAAAUUCAGAGAAAGGUGGGAAAUAUUUUGGUGAAUCAUGGCGCCUCUCUCAGUCCCUGAAUGUUCAGUCCUGGCGAGCUCAUGUAACUCUUCAGCAAAGGGACUUGCGAGACAUAACAGUGGAAGGUUCUGGGGAUGAGGACAAAGACUCACCUUCAUCAGUGGUGGAAGCAUUAAACCCUCUGUACUCAGAAGUCCCAACAGAUGGCAUUACUGGCGAAGUAUCAUCGCUCCAGCUUUCUUCAACAGUCAAGGAUAGAAUUAAUGAGUUUGAGAAUGUGCAAACAGGAAGUCAAGCACUUUCAAGGAAAGGUGAGAAUGGCAGAAAAGGUGAAGCAUUAAUGAUACAGAAUACAGUAUGUUCCAGUGAUGAUUUUGAUAAUCUCUCAAGUACUGCAGAACUCGAUAAGGUCAUUGAAACAUUACUUACUCCGGGUGAGGAUGUGCAGAGCAGUGAACCAGUGAUUUCUCAGACCAAAACAGUUACUCAGAAACAUCAAGCUGUACUAGUCCCAUCACAAGUGUGGCAGGAAGAGAAUAAAAGUGAAGUGGAAGCGAAUGUGACUCCAGUAGAAAGUCCUGUGGGUGUACUCAAGGAGUCUAUCACUUGGCCAGCAGGUAUAGUGAAGAGACAGAAACAAGACUUUGAGGAAAAGGUGAAAAUGAGUGAUUCUAAGUCACCCUCUAGUUGUAAAGAAUGUGAACCAUCUCUCUCGAGACAAAACUCUUCAAGCUCCCUUAGUGGUCAAAGAGUAGAGAUAGUAAGAUCUCCAAGCUAUGGCCGUCAGGAUUCUAUAGGCUCGGACACAGUUAAAAGAGAUGAUCCUUUUUCAGCUAACCUAGAUAAAGUGUUUGACAGAGAGGAAAGAAAGCAACAAAGACUAAGUGCCAUUAUUCAUGUAAGUGGAGAUACAAAGGACACACCCUCACGUAACAGUUCUUGGGGAUCCUAUGACAGUGCUGUAGUGUUAGCUGAUAGGGAUUUGCCAUCAAGACAAAGUUCAUGGGGUUCCUGUGAUACCAGAGUAACAGCAGGUACUGUGUCAUCAAGAAAUAGUUCUUUUGGAGCAUUUGAUAAAAAGCCGCAGCCUCUAAAAGAAAAUUUAGAAAUAUCAGUCCCAAAUAGUAAUAUAACUGGUACUUACUUUGAAAAAGAUCCUGGACCAUUCACACCAGGAACUAUCAGGAGGAACAAAGGCAAGAAUUCAGAUGUGAAAGAUGGGUUAUUAGAUGAAGAAAUGAAACCAUCUAAUGAAACUGAGGAUGUAGAAGAAGUAAAAACAGAAGAUAAUUCUCAAUUCAAGGCUGUGGCAAACAUGAAGGCUUAUGGACCUGCACCGUACAAGAGUCCAACAGAAAGGGAGAGCAGUACUAUCCCAACGGAGCUGGCUGAUGAGGAAAUGGUAGAGGCAACUGAUAGUUCCUCUGAUCACCAUCAAAGCAACCCUGCUCUAAGUGUUUGCAUUCCAAAUAGUACAAAUCUCUUGGCCACCACCAGGUCACAGCCUAGUGUAUGCACAACCAUAUCCUCAACUGAGAACUUAUGUACUGAACUUAAUAUGGAUAAUAGAUUAAAUGACAGCAAGACCAGUACAGGAAGUGAAAAUAUAUCAACACUUGCACCUGGAACUGUAAGACAGCACAAGGAAAUUUUAGAAAGUAAGAGUCAGGAAGGAUCCUUCUCAGAGGUACAAAAAAUACAAGAAAAACUUUUCAUCCCUUCUUAUUCACGUUCAAAGAGCUCAUGUGAUUUAGAAACUGAUAAGGCUGAAUUAGAUUCAGCUGGUUCUGAUAAUCACAACUUUUCUGAAAAGAGAGCAAAGUUUGAAGGACAUUUAGAAAAUGAAUCAGAAAAAGGAAAGGUUAGGAAAAUCACACAGGCUAUCGAGAAACAAAAUGAAGAUGAAAAGAUGAAGCAAUACAAAAUAGAAGGGAUCAGGAAGCGAUCUCACAGCUUGGAGCGCCUCAGCACCUCACCCUCCUCACCUGGCAGCUCACAAAAUGGAUUGCUGGAGCAGCUCUUAGUUCAAGCACAGACAGAUGUUCGGCAAAUGGAAAUGGAGGAGAAUCCUAUGGAAGAAAUACGUGUUAAGAAUCUGGUUGGAAAAUUUGAAGACUGCCAAGAGCAAAAACCACCCAAGGUUCAAACUAGAAAUACAAGAGCCAAGUCAGAUAGCUGCACACCAGAUAAAUUUCAACCCCCGGUACCUCAACGUAAAUCAAGUUUAGACUACAAUUUCAAACCAAUACAGAGAUCACAGUCUCAACCACCUCAGACUCCAGUAAGACAGCCAAACCCAGGAGGCAGUCUUCCCUCUUCAGGGAAAGCUCCUUCUCAUAAACCUCCACCAGGGGGACGGGGUCAGGCUUGGGGCACAGAAGUGCGGCAAAGAAAACAACAGGGCAAGACUCAUCCACUGACGAAGCUCACACGGGCAACAAGGGAAAAUUAUCACACAAUGUAAGACUUAACUUUUACUACUUAUACGAGGAUGCUAUUAUAAAUGCUUCCAUUAUUGAAAACUAUCUUGUGAUAUGUAGACUAAGGAUAGUGUAGCCACUUUCAGGUGAGGUACAGAUGUCCUGAUACAAAAGCUGCAAAGUGUGUAGGUGUAAGAGUGAAUCUCAUCUACAUGAAAAAUUGCUGUUAAGUGGCCAUCAGUUUCCAGAUCAAUAACUUCUGUGCCUCUGUAGAAAGUUCCUGCUAGUUCAUGAGAGGUGACCAUUGUAGCAUUUAGCCUCACCAAUCCUACAAAAUCUCCUACUGCCCAGCUGUAGCU